AAGCAUAAUGAUCUUAGACAGGCGGCGGAGAAGUCCCUAGAGGAACUCAAAGGCAUUAGGGCGACGAGCGAAGCCCAACUUGCCGCCGGUACGCUCAGGCUUUCUAGAAUGACCUGCGGGUAUUGGGAUGCUGAUGGUGGAUUCGCUAGAACUGUCCCAGAGGGUCAACUUCGUCAACCCUUUCAUUAUAGCGUGUGGCACGAAGAACGCGAAAUUCACCGGGAUAGCUAUUGUCUGCCUGUCGCGUCUCAUCCUCGUUACCGCGCUACCCCGAUCUAAGCUGAGCCCGGCCUUAGAAGCCCUGCGUGAGGCUACGUCCGCUGGCCUCGACGUUCAGCUCAAGAUUUUACAGGCGCUGCCUUCUUUACUCCAGAAUUAUUCGAAAGAGAUCCAGGGCGACCUUCUAGUUACCGCUUUGAAUAUCUGUUUCAUCCUGCAGACCACCAAGAAUGGGAUUGUCAGUAAUACAUCCGCCGCCACUCUCCAGCAGCUCGUCACAACGGUUUUCGAAAAAGUAACAGUAGAGGACAAAUCUCUCUCUGACGCGAGUUACGUUGGUGAAGCCCCGACCGGAGAUGGGAAUAUCCAGCUUCAGGCCGCGUCCAUGGACGCCUACCGCAUCUUCAAUGAUAUCUGCCUGAUGACGGAGGGCCAUAGGCCCGAGUAUCUCCGGUUCCCUGGCCGCCCUCAGACCUUUGGCCUGGAGCUGAUAGAAUCUGUUCUGAGUCAGCAUGCUGCCAUCUUCGCCAAGUCCCAACAUCCCGAGCAGGUGCAUAUACUUCGCACGAGGGUGAUGCCUUUCAUCAUCAAGGCACUCUCUAAAAAGCCGAAUUUUGCGAUAUCCGUUCGGCUCGUACGGAUUUUAUUGACCUUGUUGAGGAAGAAUCUGGAGGUUUUACCAUCGGAGAGCGGGGAUGCACUCGACACGCUUACCCAACUUCUGGAUCAAGACGCGGUUGCCUGGAGGAGAGCACUGUGCAUGGAGGUCUUCCAUGCUGUAUUCUCCGAGCCUCCUCUCCUGAGGCGUAUCUUUGCCCUCUUCGACGCCAAAGAAGGAGAAAAGGACAUCUUGAAAAAUCUCACUGCUACAUUCGUCAGGGUUAGCACAGAGAAGCCUCUUGUAAUUGGUCUUGGUCAUCAAUCCGCGAUCCCGGCUGCGAACCCUUAUGCUGGUCUCGGGGGCUCAUCCGACCAAGCGAUGUUAGAGGCCAGCGGCGUCACCGGAAUCAUCAGUGGAUCGGUCAGCGACAGCCACAACACCGGUAUUAGCUCCCAGUGGAGCACGGUUAGAGUCGCUUGCAUCGACCAGCUCGACAAAACCGAGCCUCCGCCAAUCCCAGAGUCCUACGUCUACGCAUUGACUCUGUCUUGCAUUACGUCGCUGUCUGAAGGACUGGCUAAGUUCGUCUUACCGCUCACGGUACCCCCGGACGGUCGAUCUCGUCGGCGGAACACCAAGCAGCCAGAACUUGGCAGAGAAUCCCCCGGUCCAACCGAAGUAGACGAUGUCAAUGCGCCGAAGCCGGUCCUGGAGAAGACUGCGUCCUUGAUUACACUUGAGAGGUCCGGUUCGUUCAAGAAGAAUCCCGUGCCCCUUAACCCUCUGGCCAUCAAGGACCACCCCCUUCACGGAGAGAUCAAGCUAUGCGCGGCCAUUAUCGAGGAAUGUUGGCCGGCUAUCCUCGCGACAUGUUCCACCUUCCUCUAUGCCGCUCUCGACUCGGAAUAUUACCACAGCCUCGUCCGCGCCUUUCAGAAAUUUGCGCACGUCGCAGGGUUGCUUCACCUUAAAACUCCCCGGGACGCUUUCUUAACUACCCUGGGAAAAGCAUCUGUGCCACCCAAUGUAUUCACUGCUUCCCUUAAUAUCGGUUCAUCCAAGCCAGCAGCGGCCAGCCCCCCCGCCGAGACACCUAAAAGUAUCCUAGGGAACGCCAAGGGCCUUCUCAGUGUUGAUAGUCUGGUGACUCCAGUGGGUGCUGCCGGCGAGCGACAGAGGCAGGCGUCUAUGGAUGCCAACACUAUACCGCAAACGUUGAAUACUCGGAAUCUACUCUGUCUGAGAGCACUUCUGAAUUUGGGGAUAGCCCUGGGGCCGACACUUAGCUCGUCUUGGACCAUUGUGUUGGAAACGCUUCAGCAGGCUGAUUUCGUUCUAUUCACGACUGGAAAGUCACCUGGGAGAACCCCGAUUGCUGGUAAAGGCCCAGAUCCAAGGGCCGAGAACGAAGCUGCUUCGCUCUUGGAAAAUUUCAGCGCCGAAAUAAGGGCUGUCGAGACUGCCGCGUCCAGACUCUUUGAAAGCACCGUUGAUUUCCCGAAUGGAGCUUUCGUGGAAGUUGUUGAUGCUGUAUGCAGCCUAUUGGACCAGCAGCUUGAAUCAGCUUCCGAACCGUCAAGUCGGCCGCAGUCAUCGCUUUCUUUAACAUCACCAGGACAAGGCCUCCGGACGCCGACAGGCCAACACCGGAAACUUAUCGGCACACCUGGCGCGGCUUCUAUGGGUCCCAAUCAAGAGGACCUGUUCACCCUCGCAAAGAUUGGUGAAAUCGCUACCAUCAAUAUUGAGAGGCUUCUAAGCCAUUCUCCAGAUGUUUCUGGAUGGACGCGCAUUACUUCCCAACUAGUUGCCACGCUUGGCUCCGUCUCCCUAUCGGUCCAAAUCCGUAGUUGCGCCGCCGAUAUCCUCGUGCAACUCGUCUCGGACGCUGCUAAAGCGGCUAGUGGUGUCAACGAUCAGACUCGGAGUAUGGUUCAGCUUCGCUUGCUAGAGGCCCUUCGAAAUUCACUGUUACCAUUGCAAAUGGAAGACCGGGCAGCUUCCGUGGCCAGUCACGCGGUAGAUGUUGAUAUACAUAAAAUCAUACUGGAAGGCCUCAAGGCUCUUCUCGACGAUUGCGGGGACUCUCUUCUCAGCGGUUGGGAAAUAACGUUUGAGAUUAUUGGCAGCAUCUUCAUCCCAAGGAGAUUUGGCAACGAUGGUUCGCGUGACACCACUAGCCAGGCUCUUACCCUCACGACACGAUCCAGCAAGCUCAUUAGAUCUGCGUUCAGUUCACUACAGUUAAUAUGUUCCGACUUCCUCGCAUCGUUUCCCGGGUCGUGUUUCCUCAUUCUAGUCGAUACCCUGUACAAGUUCUGUUCCCAGGAUGACGAUUUAAACAUCGCAUUAACGACUGUCACGCUCUUCUGGGUCCUCUCCGACUUUCUAUCCGGGAGGAGCAGGUCAUUGCUAAUAACUGAUAGCCUGGUUGAAGAUGCAGACGAGCGCUCGUUAGUGCGGAAAGCGUCAAACGCAGAGGACGAAUCUUCAGAUGCGGCUCUAUGGAUGCUUCUUCUGCUGAGGCUAACUACUGUGACUUCUGACGAACGAUUAGACUUGAGGAAUAGUGCAAUCCAAACGCUAUUGCGAAUAUUUGAUGCAUAUGGGGAGAAACUAGACCCCGAGGCAUGGUCGGUCUGCAUCAAAUCAGUAAUUUUCAAGCUUCUCUCGUCAAUUGAGACAGAACUGGAGUCUGUCGGCAAGCCUGAGAUAGACGAAAAGAUCCGCCACGACUGGCAUGACACCGCCGUGGUAGUAUUGAAUGGGAUUUCCGGCCUCCUUGCUAAUUACCUCGACGUGCUGACGGUCCAUUCAACAUUCAACUCGUAUUGGCAGCAACUUCUGGGCCACUUUGCCCUUCUCCUCGAUUUCCAAGUCUUGGAGAUCAGCACGGCAACUUUCAAAGCACUUGCUCAGAUACUUUCGCAAAGUCAAGUGAGCACGAGUCAGAAUUUCAACAAAACCACGAUCGAUCUAGCAUGGGACCUGUGGUCUCGCGGUGUCCCGGUGUCCAAGGAUAGCAACCUCGGCAAGACUACAGACAACCAGUUCUGCCUGCUUGCCUAUGUCGCCGCGUUACGCGACGUAUACCGUCUGACGCAGGCCGACCUGACAGUUGAUCGUAUUCGUCGCAUGCUCACACUGUUGCGAGAGGUCAUGCAAGUAGCCACCCCCGGGGCAUACGUGGCUGACAUCGAUCUCGUCACACCUCUACAAGGGCAAGUCUUGGAAGUAAUCAAGAUGCUUCGAACAGACCUGCCCGGGGCGCCGUCCGCAUUGAUAUCCCAGACCGCCGAGUUUAUCUCUCUCGCUUUUCCGGAGAAAUAUGACGUGUCAAAUCAGCGAAGCGCGCAGAAACGGACCUACGUUGCCAUGUCCCGAGCUAGCAUGCUUAUUCUUCAAUCCCUCAUAACAGAUCACGCAUCUGAUGCGAAUAUAUAUAGCGAUGGUGCGUUUCUGGCCGCGUUAACGGCCCUGUCGAGGCCCAUAAUACUCAAGUACGGAUUCCCGAUCAUCACGAAAUCGGAUCAGCCCUGGAAGCAAUCGACAAUAUCCGCCUUAGCCAUCCUUGAAGCUACGCUUCCACACCUCCAGAAACUCGACAUUUCACGGCCGGACCUGCAAAACAUCUGGGAGAUGAUAGUCGCUAUUGCCAAUGGGAUCACCAACGCAGACUGUGAUGCGCCGCCGGAUCGCGUAAAUAUUGCGGAAGACGAGGACUUCGACGUUGCCUCGUUUCUGAAGCUCAGAGGGCUUAUUAUCCCCGCACUUGGCGCGGAGAUUAUACCGGACAAGACUCGAAUGGUUUUCGCAGAAAACCUAUUCCGAAUGUCCAUCAUACAUACCCCUGCUCCCGUAGAGGCUUCCCUCAUCUACGGAACCGGUGGAGGCGGCGUAGGUGGGCUGACAAGCCUAUAUAAGAUUAGAAAAGGCCGUACCAUCGACCCGCCUACUACCAAACGCGAGAAGAUGGGUUACAUCUGCCUGGACGAGUUGUUUGCGCUGGUGGCUAACGACGAUUCAACCACGCCCCGGAUAACAGUUCAGCCACCAACGCCAGCUUUCCCGCCGCCCAACGCGUCGGCAGCGGUCAAGGCCCCCUUCGUAUCUCCUCGCAGCCUAAAUAUCCGGUUGGCUAGAGUGACGGCGCCGUAUCUAAUCCUGCGCGCGGCCUUGACAUUGAGGACUUACAUUGCUGACCAACCGUUGCGCGGACACAUGCCGCAGCCGUGGAGUCUGCGCAAGGAGCUGGCUCGGAUCCUCGAGCGGCUCGUCGAUCUCAGAAGCGAGCCGGACGCCAUACCCAACACCCCCAAUGUCGAGAGCGAGAGUCGUAAGCAUCUGCUUCGCCUCUACCCGCUGCUGGUGAACGCCGCUGGGGUUUCCGGGGCCAGCGGGGACGAAGAUGUGCUGCAACAACUGACGCGGGCGUUGGACGUUGUCGGUUCCGAACUAGGAUUGUGACAGUUGGUUGCAUUCGGGGGUCCGGAGACCUUUUCAGGCGUUCUGGGGACAUGCGUCUAUUAGACCUGGGAGUGUCUGGCGAUGUUAGAAUUGAUCUCUGAUAUUAAUUCCGAGUGGACAUACAUCAUUCCCUCCUGACAGGUUAG